AUGUCUUCAAAGCAAGAACAAGGCACCACAGCUAACUCCAAACGACACACUACCACUGGCACGGAGCUGGAAGAGGGGAAACUCCCUCUAAGGCGGGAUGAAAGGUUCUCUGUUCUCCUGUCUGAGGAUGUUCAACGAUCCUGUAAGGCCUCUGGUAGAAAAAUUCCUUACUAUAUAUUCCUGGGAAGCUUGCUUGUCUCUGACCAGGGCUCUCCUCAAUUCAGAAGGGGGGUUCCAAAACCAAUGGUGGGGGAGAUUGCCAUGCAUAGCAAGGCAGGCCUCAAUAAGCUGCUGGUUAUCAGACUCGAAAAGGACCUUCUCGAUAUUCAUGUUAGCUGCUGUAAGGGUAGCUUCUCUGAGGGCUAAAGCUUCAGCAAGGAGGGGCUUUGUUGUGCAGAAAACCUUGGUAGAG